AUGGGUAUCUUCUUCAUGAGAGAAUCAUCUUUGAUAGAUGUAAUUACACUGGUCUGCAUUCUCAUCACCGCCGGAAAUGCUCAGGUCCCGACAACCCUCUUUCCGGCGAUUAUAACAUUCGGAGAUUCCACAGUUGAUGUCGGAAACAAUGAUUAUCUUCACACAAUUUUCAAAGCCAAUUUCCCACCUUAUGGUAGAGAUUUCAUCAAUAAUAAACCUACUGGAAGAUUCUGUAAUGGAAAGCUAGCCACUGAUCUCAUUGCUGAUAUAUUGGGAUUUCAGACAUAUCCACUAGCAUAUCUCAGUCCGAAGGCCAGAGGAAAAAAUCUACUUAUCGGAGCUAACUUUGCAUCGGCUGCAUCUGGUUACGAUGACAAUACAGCAAUCUUAAACAAUGCUAUUACAAUUUAUGAACAACUUGAUUUAUAUAAAGAGUAUAUGGAAAAAUUGAUAGAAGUGAGUGGUGAUGAGAAAGCAAUAUCCAUAAUAAAGGAUGGUUUGUAUAUAGUGAGUUUUGGAAGUAGUGACUUUCUUCAAAACUAUUAUAUCAAUCCUUUGCUAAAUCAGCUCUAUUCUCCUGAUCAAUAUGGUUCAUACCUUAUCAACAUAUUUUCUGAUUUCAUCCAGGAUUUGUACGAUUUAGGUGCUAGAAAAAUCGGGGUGACUUCACUACCACCAAUGGGUUGUCUUCCAGCUGCCAUCACCAUAUUUGGAUUUCUUCAAAAUGGUUGCAUACCUAAACUCAACUAUGAUGCACAAGAAUUCAAUGAGAAAAUCAAUUCAGAAGCAUCAAAUCUUCAUAAUCAACUUCCAGGCCUUAAAAUAGUUAUUUUGGACAUUUACACACCCUUAUAUAACCUAGUUCAAUCUCCAUCAAGCAAAGUUUCAGGAUUUACAGAAGCAAGGAGGGGCUGUUGUGGGACAGGUUUAGUAGAGGCCACAAUCCUCUUGUGCAAUCCUAUUUCAUUUGGAACAUGCGAUAAUGCGACGACAUAUGUAUUUUGGGACAGUCUUCAUCCGUCUGAGAAUGCUAAUCAAGUCCUCGCUGAUUCGCUUAUUGUAGAAGGCAUCAAACUCAUUUGAUGACCUCUUAGCCGAACCGUCUCGUCAAGUUUGCA